GCUGCAGCUCGCGAAGUCGCCGCGCUCUCCCUCCCAACAGCAGCAGCCAGCAGGCCAGCCGCGCCCAACAAAUCCAGCCGUCACCCGUGCGCGCAGCGGAUCUCUCCCCACUCCUCUCAUUAUGGCGGCGGCACCGGCGGCGCGUCCCACCCUCGCGCUCCUCGCGUCCGCCUCGGCGUCGCUCGGGGCCGGGCGGCGCGCGUGGGCUCGCCUGGCCGUCUCCUCCUCCUCGGCGGGGCUGGCUCUCCCCAGGCUCCGCGGGCGCCGCGCGAUCGCCGCCGCGGCCGGGGGCGCCGUGAUGGGGAAGGCCGGCCCCGGCGCCGUCGAAGCCGACGCGGGGAUGGACGCCGUGCAGCGGCGGCUCAUGUUCGAGGAUGAGUGCAUUUUAGUGGACGAACAGGACAAUGUCGUCGGCCACGAGUCCAAGUAUAACUGCCAUCUCAUGGAAAAGAUAGAAACUGGACAUGCGCUACACAGAGCUUUCAGUGUUUUCCUUUUCAACUCCAAAUAUGAGCUGCUACUUCAGCAAAGAUCUGCAACAAAAGUGACAUUUCCACUUGUAUGGACGAACACUUGUUGUAGCCAUCCUCUCUACCGUGAGUCAGAGUUGAUUGAGGAAAAUUGUCUAGGGGUGAGAAAUGCAGCCCAGCGCAAGCUAUUUGAUGAAUUGGGAAUAGUGGCUGACGAAUUACCACUUGACCAGUUCAUUCCGCUUGGGAGAAUGCUUUAUAAGGCUCCUUCAGAUGGAAAAUGGGGCGAACAUGAGUUGGAUUACCUGCUGUUCAUGGUUCGCGACGUGAAGCUCAACCCAAAUCCUGAAGAAGUCGCGGACGUCAAGUACAUGAACCGUGAUCAGGUGAAGGAGCUGCUCAGGAAAGCAGACGCUGGGGAGGAUGGUGUUAAGCUGUCCCCUUGGUUCAGGCUGGUGGUGGAUAACUUCCUCAUGGGCUGGUGGGAUCAUGUCGAGCAAGGGACCCUCCAGGAGGCCGCUGACAUGAAAACCAUCCAUAAGUUGUAGACUAGAUCACUCGGCACUUGUUUUCUCCGUUGAGAAAUAGCAGCCGCUGUUGCUGUUGGCGCAUGUUUUGUAAUAGCCGUCAUUUCGAUGCAAAUAAUCCGUAAAGUAACAGUAUAGUGUUCUUAUACCCAAAAUGGUAAUGCAAACAGAAACUCGUGAAGAGUAUGUAGAUUUCUGCGUUUUUAUUCGUAAUAAGGAUUGAA